UAUCCAGUAAUUCUACUUCCUUAACGUAAUGUUACUCGAAUUCCGCCGACACAUGUCCAGAAAUAAACACAAAAAAAUACUAUCGAGUGAGAGACAACUAUAUCCCAAUCCCCGACAGCAAGUGUGGACAAUUCUUUAGGACAUAUCAUGGCUUGUCAAGAUAGUUAGAAAGGAAAAAGCUGGGCAAAGCUCAGAUCAAAACUGUAACAACAAAAGUUCACAGCUAAUGUCUGGAAAUGUACGAGAAAAAAAAAAGUGAAACAUGAAUUACAACAAGGUCUACAAAGUACUCAGAUUUUUGUACGUAAUUUCUUGAAAUGGAAGAUUUAAAGUCUAUUUGGAACUAUUCAAAGAUGUCCUGCAAGAGAAAAACUCAAACUGAUAGAAAAAUAUCGAAAAGACUAAAAACAGAAAAACUAGACCGUCCAGUUUGUUUAAAAGAUCAGACUGUCCUAGCAGGCUUUUCCUUUCAUAGGGAUGAAAAUCAAGAUGCAGAUCCUAAUCAUUUCACCUGUGACAAGUCUGAAGUCCAGUCUCAUGAUGUUGAACGUCUACUUAUUGGUGAUCAUGAAACUCAGGAGUCAGAAGGUGUAGAAGCUGAUCUACACAAACAUCGACGUAACUGUAAGAAGAAUCCAGGUCAUAGCCAGUUUAUACCUGUUGAUACCUUCACCUUGAAACAUUUACCUGAAGGUUUACAAAACAAUGUUUUGUAUGAGUACAUCAAAGUUAUAGCUGACCUGACAGUUAGAGUAGAUGUUAAAUUGUCAAGUCCACACAGACCAAAGUUUUGGCCAGAGACUACUCAAUCAUAUCCAUUUUCUAACAUGAGUGAGAGAAGAUACUUGAGGUAUGGAAGUGGAAUAGUGAGGAAUGUAAACAAGUUUCAAGAUGGAGUCUUACAAGAUGGUGAUUAUGGAUGUACUGCCUUCAAAAAGUGUUGGUGUAGAAAAUGUAAAGAUUCAGGCUCACCCAGCAAUGUGUGGUGGGAGUUUUAUGUGACCACAGCCACACAUGUGGUUUUUGAUGGCAUUGAGGCCAAUCACACAACCUUGAGAUUGUUUUAUGAUAGAGAUGAAAGUCCAGUGGUCAGUGUUGAUAAUGUCAGUGUCUUUGAUGUAAACAUUGAGGAUGACAGGUGUUGGUUGAAAUGUGUGACAUGUGAUAAAAUUUUAGGAAAUAAACUGAUGGAAAUGUGCAAACAUUUUAACAAUGUCUGGAUGGAAGUCUAUAACAAAUACUUUUUCUCUAGAUCUCAACACAAGUUGACCUUUAUAGUGUCACAUCCUCAUGGAUGUUCUAAACAGGUCAGUGUUGGUCAAUGGAAGGACAGACUAGAGGUGGGUGGUAGAUCUAAGUUUACUUAUACAACUUGUACAUGUCCAGGAAGUAGUGGAGCACAUGUACACUGUCUGGGGUAUAACUGCUUAACUUGGUCUGACCUUGUCCAUUGUGGAAGUCUCAAGUCUGGAUUAAAUUACAGUGGAGCUGGUCUUGUCUAGUGAGUUGUUUCCCUUGUGAGUAGCCAAGCUCCACCAUGAAGAUGUCUUUGAGAACCUUUGACAUUCUGAACAUCACACUCAAAAUGUCUCUUUAUUCUUAAGAUAAAUACAUUUAUACUUUGUGAUAAAUAUUUAUAGAUUGGUUCACUAGAUACAUUUUGUUUUGGACUUAGAAAAUAAAAAUCUUCCUAAUGUCUUAGAUCAACUUUUGUUCUAGUUAUGUAAAUAAAUUUGCAAUGUUUUGUUUCCUUUUUUGAUCGAUGCUGUUGUUUGUAAUUUACAUUUACAAUAAUUGAAACCUCUUCAAAUACAAAAAAAAUCUGCCAGCUGUGGAUCUAGAACUAGAUCUUGCUAUCAAGGAUAAGGUUUGUAGAAAAAAUAAUUAGACUUAGUCCGUAUGUUGUUGUUUUUUUUUAAAAUUUAAAAUGCAAUUUAAAAAUUUUGCAAACAUUUC